AUGGCUGUAAUUACAUUCCUUUACACAUUUUCCGCUGGGAUGGUACCGACGUGGGAAACUGUGUUUUUCGGUUUCCUAUGUGGGUGGAUCGGAGGUUUUGGUGUCACCGCUGGUGCUCAUCGAUAUUGGACCCACCGAGCUUACAAGGCCAAGAUACCACUACAAAUUAUACUGAUGAUUGCGUAUUCUGUGGCCGGUCAGAACAGUAUACCAAACUGGGUCCGAGACCAUCGUGUUCACCACAAAAUGUCAGAAACGUCUGCGGAUCCUCACGACGCUAACAGAGGUUUUUUCUUCUCCCACGUCGGCUGGCUGAUGAUGAAGAAGCAUCCUGACGUCGUUAAGGAAGGGAAAAAAAUAGAAAUGAGUGAUAUAUUAGAGGAUCCCCUUGUUAAGUUUCACACAAAAUAUUUCAAUACGUUUAAAAUACUAUUUUGUUUUGUGAUACCAAUACUGAUACCAACGUUAAUGUGGAACGAAACAUUAUUCAUAUCUGUGACAGCGAGUCUAGUACGGUAUAUGAGUAACUUGAACUGCACUUGGGCUGUUAAUAGCGUUGCACAUAUUUGGGGACAGAAACCUUAUGACAUCAAUAUUACCCCGGUGGAAAAUUGGAAAGUGUCCAUCGUAGCCAUGGGUGAAGGCUGGCACAAUUAUCACCAUACGUUUCCGUGGGACUAUAAAGCAUCUGAAUUAGCCUACUUCAUAAAUGUGACGACAUUUUUGAUUGAUAUCUUUGGUAAAAUCGGUUGGGCCUAUGAUUUUAAAGUAGCUUCGCCAGCCUUGGUGAAAGCGGUGAUUAGAAAACGAGGACCAAGCUCUUAA